UUGAACCAAAGUCGCGUGGUUCCCACGUGACAGCUUAAUGAAAGCCAAAGCCUUUCCAUUCACCGGACAAUCCAUUCUCGGAUCACCAACCAACCUUCGCUCUUCCUACUAACAAAUGAGGUUUGAAAAUUGUUAGUUGUUGUUGGUUGAAGCUAAUUUAUGAUAAACCAUCCCUUCAUUAUCUGUCUUUUUCAAGUUUUUUUUAUAUUAAAUUGUCUUUUAAGUUUUUGAUAUUAAAUUGCGUGCUGUAGCCCUCAAGCUCCAACACCCAACUCCUUUUUUCAUUUCCCCUUUUCCCUUUUCGCGACGAACUUCAACGCUUCUCACUGUUGACUUAUUGGGCGCAAUCUGCUCGGCUCUCGUCCUUUUCGGAGCUGAGCGAAGUCAACUUUCGAUUGCUCAUUGGAAUUUCAACCGGCAUGUGGAAAAUGAAACGGUAGAAAAAAAAAAAAAAGCAAAAAGCAAAAGAAAGGUAUGGUUGAGCUUUCAAAUUGAAGUUGUAGCUGUGUAGUACCAAGUCGGGUUAUUGUACUUCCAUGCAGUACAAAACAUUUUGGCCCGGUUUGGUAGGAUCUUGAAUUCCCACUCAAUAUAAGAAAACUGGGGCUUCCUGUUUUUGUGCCGCGUAAUGUCAUUGGGGUGGUUGGGUAGAGUUGUGAGAGACUGAGGAGUUUUGAAGAUCCCCUUUGGAAUAUAAUCAGGAGUCAAAGCAGCGAUAGAGGACCUGAAGGUAGAAAAUCGAUGUUUGAAGGAGGGCAGUCAUCAGCCACUUGCCUUCGUGUUUCCCUGGGCUGAAUCCUGAUUCAGUAUCUUGUUCAACAAAAAGGAAAACAGCCCCCCAAGUCAAAACUUUUGAAUUUUCAUCCUGAAGAACAAGAAGCCUGAAACUACGAUUGUAGAUACCUGAAUCGGAUUGGAUUGAACAAUUUGGUCGUUCAAAUGAGGAACUCGAGCCUCGAAGUGCAAGAAAUUGAGGGUGCUGAAACUGUAGACGAAGAGAAGACUAGAGAUGAGGCGGAGGAUGUAAAAAAACUGGCACCUUGGACUAGACAGAUUACAGUUCGGGGUGUUAUUGCAAGCAUAGCAAUAGGAAUCAUGUACAGUGUAAUAGUGAUGAAGCUUAAUCUUACAACAGGUUUGGUCCCAAAUUUGAACGUCUCGGCUGCUCUUAUUGCCUACGUCUUUAUAAAGACAUGGACUACGCUGCUUGAGAAAGCUGGAAUUGUAUCCACUCCCUUUACACGACAGGAAAAUACUGUAAUUCAGACAUGUGCUGUCGCUUGUUAUAGCAUUGCUGUUGGAGGCGGCUUUGGAUCCUACUUGUUUGGUUUGAGCAGGAAGACAUACGAGCAAGCAGGCAUAAACACAGAAGGAAAUCCUCCUGGAAGUACCAAAGAACCUGGAAUUGGUUGGAUGACUGCCUUCCUCUCCGUCAGCAGUUUUGUAGGACUUCUUGCCUUGGUGCCCCUACGAAAGAUCAUGAUACUAGAUUAUAAGUUGGCUUAUCCCAGUGGAACUGCAACUGCUGUUCUCAUAAAUGGUUUCCACACACCAAAAGGAGACAAGAUGGCGAAGAAGCAGGUUCAUGGAUUCAUGAAGUACUUUUCAUUCAGUUUUCUCUGGGCUCUUUUUCAAUGGUUUUAUUCUGGGGGAGACAAAUGUGGAUUCUCACAGUUUCCUACAUUUGGAUUGAAAGCUUGGAAAAAUUCGUUCUACUUUGAUUUCAGCUUGACUUAUAUUGGAGCAGGGAUGAUAUGCUCCCAUAUUGUGAACUUGUCGUUGCUUCUCGGUGCGAUUCUUUCUUGGGGCAUAAUGUGGCCCUUAAUGGAGGAACUUAAAGGGGAAUGGUAUCCUGGAUCUCUUCCACAGAGCAGUAUGAAAAGUCUCAAUGGUUACAAGGUGUUUGUAUCAAUUGCUCUGAUACUUGGAGAUGGGCUUUAUCAUUUCCUUAAGAUUCUGUAUUUCACUGCCUCGAGCAUGUAUGCAAAAGCAACCAACAAGAAGCUCAAAACAUUCCCGGAUGACAACCUGGUUCAAACUUUUGAUGAUCAUCGACGAAAUGAAGUAUUCUUAAGAGAUGGAAUUCCAAUAUGGGUGGCAGUUAUAGGGUAUGUCUGCUUCUCCAUCGUCUCUAUCAUCGUAAUCCCGAUCAUGUUCCCGGAGGUGAAGUGGUAUUACAUAGUUGUUGCCUAUACUUUGGCACCUUCUCUUAGCUUUUGCAAUGCAUAUGGUGCUGGUCUAACUGACAUGAAUAUGGCAUAUAACUACGGAAAAGUGGCUCUGUUCGUGCUUGCUGCCAUGGCUGGUAAAAAUGAUGGUGUAGUUGCAGGACUUGUGGGAUGUGGUUUGAUUAAGUCUAUUGUUUCCAUCUCCUCUGAUUUGAUGCAUGAUUUCAAGACUGGCCAUCUCACACUCACAUCUCCAAGAUCCAUGCUUGUAAGCCAAGCUAUUGGGACAGCGGUAGGCUGCAUUGUAGCUCCUCUCACAUUCUUUAUAUUCUACAAGGCUUUUGAUUUGGCCGACCCAGAUGGUGAAUAUAAGGUCCCAUAUGCCAUCAUAUACAGAAACAUGGCUAUCCUAGGAGUUGAAGGCUUCUCAGCUCUGCCCCAGCAUUGCUUGCAGCUAUGUUAUGGGUUCUUCGGCUUUGCCAUAGCAGCCAACUUGAUGAGAGAUUGUAUCCCUAAAAAGUUUGGUAAAUGGAUCCCACUACCGAUGGCCAUGGCUGUGCCCUUCCUUGUUGGUGCAUAUUUCGCAAUUGAUAUGUGCAUUGGUAGCUUGAUCGUGUUCGUGUGGCACUAUCUGAAUAGUCAAAAGGCAGGAUUGAUGGUUCCAGCCGUUGCCUCUGGUUUGAUAUGUGGAGAAGGUUUAUGGAUUCUUCCUUCAUCAAUUCUUGCCUUGGCUAAGGUCCAUCCCCCAAUCUGCAUGAGCUUUUUCCCUUCCAGUAAAAGUUGAAUCUAGAAAGAGAGUAUUAGAUAUAAACUUUGUUAGUAUAGAUAGAAUUUUAUGCAUAACUCAAGAUGUAGAGAAGCUGCAAACUCUUGUAUCCUCCUGUAUUAAUUAAAGCUUAAUAAAAUAUUUUAUGGAAGUAUUGAAUCAAA